CUCACGCCCGUCUUUUCUCUCUCUUCCCACCUCCCUCAAAACUCCCAGAAUUACAAAAAUACCCUUUCACCCCUGCAGCAGCAUCAAAACUCUGAAAAGAAACCCUCCCAAAACCCUCCAUGAAAGUCUCCAUGGCCUCGCCUCACCUUCUCCUUCUCCUCUUCUUUUCUCUCCCUUCCUUCUCCUCCGCUUCUUCCUCAACGGACGGUCAGAAGCUCCUCGACUUCAAAUCAACAGUCCAGAACUCGCAGCCUCUCCAAGACUGGCAGGCGCACCGAAAUCCGUGCUACUUCACGGGCGUCACCUGCAACAACGACUCCCGUGUCACGUCCCUCGAUCUCUCCAACCUCCGUCUAGACGCCGUCUUCACGUCCGUCUCUUCCUCCCUCCUGCUGUUAGACUUCCUCCAGACGCUUUCUCUCAAAAACACGAGUCUGACCGGAAACCUCCUCUCCGCCACCGAGUCCAACUGUAGCCCGCGUCUGACAGGAAUAGACCUCGCCGGAAACAAUCUCUCGGGUCCGAUUUCGGAUAUCUCGAGCUUGAGCUCCUGCCCCGCCUUGAAAUCCCUGAAUCUCUCAUACAACAGCUUCGUCUACGGCGGAUCGUCCGGCCGCGGUGGGCCCCACCUUCAUCUGCAGUCGUUGGAUCUGUCCUUCAAUCAGAUAUUCGGCCCCGACGUUCUCCCGUCACUCUUCUCUGCCGUCGGCAACGAGCUUCGGUUCUUGAAUGCAAAGAAGAACAGAAUCUCCGGGAGUAUUCCGGUAUCUGACUGCCCGAAUCUCGUGUACCUCGAUCUAUCUUCCAAUGACUUCUCUGGCAAGAUCCCGUCUUUUGGCGGGAACUGCAGGUCGCUGCGGCAUCUCAACCUCUCGUCGAACGGGUUCUCCGGCGAGGUCCCACGGUCGAUUGCGGCAGAAGCUUGCAAGAACCUCCUCGAGCUCGAUCUCUCCUCCAACCACUUGUCCGGCGCUCUGCCUCCGGAUUUCGCUUCGUGUUCGGCCCUGAAGCUGGUCGAUCUCUCAAACAACUCGCUGUCCGGCGGAUUCCCGCCUGGGACUCUGUCCUCGAUGCUGAAUUUGAGAAAGCUGGACCUGUCUUCCAACAAUCUCAGUGCGGUGACAGAUUCGGUGCCGGAGAUUUCAAGCUUGGAGCUGCUCGAUUUGAGUUCGAAUAGGAUCAACGGGUCCAUACCGCCCGAUUUGUGCCGGAAUCCGACAAACAGGUUGAAGGAGCUCUAUCUUCAGAACAAUCAGUUGACCGGCGCCGUCCCUGCAGCUCUGAGUAACUGUUCACAGCUGGUGUCGCUUGAUCUCAGCUUCAAUUACCUCACCGGGCCAAUCCCUUCCAGCCUGGGAUCACUGGGCCAGCUCCGCGAUCUGAUCAUGUGGUUGAAUUUCCUCGACGGAGAAAUCCCCACCGAGCUCUCAAACCUCAAGAUGCUCGAGAACCUGAUCCUAGACAACAAUGGAUUGACGGGGACGAUUCCUGCCGGCUUGAGCAACUGCACCAAACUGAACUGGAUCUCACUGUCGAGCAACCGCCUGAGAGGUGAGAUCCCGGCCUGGAUUGGACGGCUUGAGAACCUCGCGAUCCUCAAGCUCGGAAACAACUCGUUCUCGGGGCGGAUCCCGUCCGAGCUUGGAGACUGCCGGAGCUUGAUAUGGUUGGACCUCAACAGCAACCGUCUAAACGGGACCAUCCCUCCUUCCCUCGCAAAGCAAUCCGGCAAAAUCGCCGUCGGAUUGGUUACCGGGAAGUCCUUCAUCUAUAUGAAGAAUGAUGGGAGCGCCGAAUGCCGUGGCGCCGGCAGUCUCCUCGAAAUCGGAGGCAUCCCGCCCGAUCAGCUGAGCAGGGUCCUGAUGCGGCAGUCCUGCAACUCCUCUAGAAUCUACAAAGGCAGGAUGCAGUACACGUUCAACAACAAUGGCUCGAUGAUCUUCCUAGAUCUCUCCUACAACUUCCUGGAGGGCAGCAUUCCGAAGGAGAUUGGGAUCAUGUACUAUCUGUAUGUUUUGAAUUUGGGGCACAACCUUCUCUCCGGUGUGAUCCCUACUGAUCUUGGAAACUUGGUGAAGUUGAUGAUACUUGAUCUGUCCCACAACGACCUCGAAGGCCCGAUCCCGCCGUCCUUCAUCGCCAUCUCGAUGCUCACGGAGCUAGAUCUCUCGAACAACAAGCUCAAUGGCUCGAUCCCCCAAUCGCCUAGUCAGUUGACGACAUUCCCAGCCAAGCAGUAUCUGAACAAUUCUGGCCUCUGCGGAUUGCCGCUUUCUCCCUGCGGAGCAGGUCCCGCCUCAAACACUUCGAAUUCGCAGCAUCAGAGGUCUCACGGGAAGCGAGCGUCGCUUGCUGGGAGCGUAGCGAUGGGGCUGCUCUUCUCCCUCUUCUGCAUCUUCGGUCUGAUAAUCCUAGCGAUCGAAAGCAAGAAGCGGCAGGAGAAGAAGGAUGCAGGCAGUUUGGAUGUGUACAUCGACAGCCGAUCUCACUCAGGCACCGCCAAUGUGAGCUUUUGGAAGCUCACAGGCACGCGGGAGGCUCUCAGCAUCAACCUAUCCACCUUCGAGAAACCCCUCCGGAAGCUCACAUUCGCCGAUCUGGUCGAAGCCACAAACGGCUUCCACCCCGACAGUCUCGUCGGCUCGGGCGGAUUCGGUGACGUUUACAAAGCUCAGCUCAAGGAUGGAAGCGUCGUCGCGAUCAAGAAGCUGAUCCACAUCAGCGGACAAGGAGAUCGUGAAUUCACAGCCGAGAUGGAAACCAUUGGAAGAAUCAAGCACCGCAACCUCGUCCCUCUCCUGGGCUACUGCAAGGUCGGUGAGGAGAGGCUCCUGGUCUACGAGUACAUGAAGUAUGGAAGCUUAGAUGACGUCCUACGAGACCGGAAGAAGGCCGGAAUCAAGCUCAACUGGGCGGCGAGGAGGAAGAUUGCUAUUGGAGCCGCGAGGGGGUUAGCAUUCCUCCACCAUAACUGCAGUCCCCACAUAAUUCACAGAGACAUGAAAUCGAGCAACGUCCUGAUCGACGAGAACUUGGAGGCUCGCGUCGCCGAUUUCGGCAUGGCCCGUCUGGUAAGCACCAUGGACACACAUCUCAGCGUCAGUACACUGGCAGGAACCCCUGGCUACGUCCCGCCGGAAUAUUACCAGAGCUUCAAGUGCUCUACCAGAGGGGAUGUCUACAGCUACGGCGUCGUCCUCCUUGAACUGCUGACUGGGAAGAAACCUACAGAUUCAAUCGACUUCGGCGAUAACAACUUGGUAGGGUGGGCUAAGCAGAAUUCGAAAAUGAAGGUAAGCGACGUGUUCGAUCCAGUGCUGAUGAAGGAAGAUCCGACCUUGGAAACAGAGCUGCUGCAGCACCUUAAGCUCGCGAGCCUUUGCUUGGACGAUCGGCCUUCGAAGCGGCCCUCGAUGAUGCAGGUGAUGGCAAUGUUCAAGUCGAUUAGGCCAGAAUCCGGUGGGGCCGACUCGGCUGCUGCCGGCGACCGCCAUUUUGGAAUGGUGGAAGUGGUAGAGGUGAGCUUGAAGGAAGGAGAUGAAGUCAGCAAGCAGUAGAGAUGGAAGAUUAAAAAAAAAAAUUGAAAAAAUUCUUUGAAGGGGAAGGUAAAUGAUUUUAACAAGUAUCCUUUUUUUUUUUCUCUCUAUUGGCAAAAAAAAUGCAUGUAGCUAUCAAUAAUCUAUGUAUGUAAAAAUGAAUUCUCACGUGUAUAUUGAUUGGUCACUUAGCUAUAAUAAAUCCGAACCGUCCAAUUAGUGGGACUCCAAACA